AUGGGAAAUUGUAUCGGACAACAUUCUGAAGAGUAUAUCCGAAAUAGGGAGAUUGAACAGUCCUUGAAAAAAGAUAAACGGGUGCAAGAUGACGCCGUAAAACUUUUGUUAUUGGGAGCAGGAGAGAGUGGAAAGACAACCAUUUUGAAGCAGAUGAGAAUGAUCCACUCGCAUGGGUUUACCUCCGAAGAACGGAAUGAUGCCAGGACACUUGUCUAUUCAAAUGUGAUUGAGUCGAUGCAGAUCAUCCUCACAGCAAUGGAACCUUCAAAUUUGGAUAUUCCAUUGGAAAAUGAAAAAAACGAUUCAAUGGCUUCUCUCGUUAAGAAGGCAAUUCCACCGGUAUCUGGCGCACCAUUGCCAAGUGCCUUGGGCCAAGCUCUCAAAAUCCUUUCCAAGGAUGCUGGAGUUAAAAAAUGUAUGGCUAGGUCUUCCUCAUUUCAAUUAUUGGACUCUGCCCCCUAUUUCUUUUCAGAAUUGGGGCGAAUUUCAUCUCCCGAUUAUAUUCCAACUGACCAAGACAUUCUUAGGACCAGGCAAAAGUCCACCGGAGUUACUGAAUUCAACUUUACAAUUGGGGACCUGACAUACAAAAUGCUUGACGUUGGAGGCCAGCGUUCCGAAAGAAAAAAGUGGAUCCACUGCUUUGACAACGUAACUGCAAUUGUGUUUCUUGUUGCAAUUUCAGAAUAUGAUCAGAUGCUGAUGGAAGACGAAUCGGUCAAUAGGAUGCAGGAGGCUCUGUCCCUUUUUGAUUCAAUCUGCAAUUCUCGAUGGUUUCUGAAUACUUCGAUAAUCCUCUUUCUUAACAAGAUUGAUUUGUUUCGUGAAAAAAUCCAGAAGGUCCCAUUGGAAGCUACUUUCCCUAUGUAUACUGGAGGCCCUGACUUUGAUGCAGGAUGCAAAUUUAUGGCAGACAUGUUUCUUAGGCUCAACAAGACAGGGCGAAAAACCAUCUAUCCGCAUUUAACAUGUGCUACGGACACCACCCAAAUCAAGUUUGUUAUGAACGCUGUAAAUAAGAUCAUCAUUGACAAGCUGCUGCAAGAGGCCGAUUUGAUAUAA